GAGCGGGAGGCGCCGGGGACCCCAGCCACGAGCUGCCUGCGCACUGAGGCGCUCUCCGCCCCGCGGGUUGGCGGCACUGGGGUGGGCGGGCAGGCUUUGCGUCCGCCGCAGGGAGCGCCAGGGCUGCGGGGGGCUGGGGAAGCAUCCCGGGGCCGGCGGGCGGUAAGCAUUCCGGGAACCGCCUCUGGGCUGUCUGGGGCGGUGGAGCAAGUUUGGAAGCGGGACGCGGGGCGAGGAGGGGAGCCGGUACCUCGAGACGUCUUCCCGCCGUCCCCGGCUCCAGGCGACCCCGUGGACGCAAGCUGUGGAGCUGAGUCAGGUUCAGACAAGCCCUGCUGAAAUACAUGGCGAAUUUAGAAUCUGCAGCACUAACCCUGUCGUGAUUUGCUGUAACCUCUGUCAGUGCUUGCACAUUGGUCAAGAAAACUCAGGCCUUCUCUCAGCUACUUGGCCUGCUGCCGUGGCCUUGGUGCCACCUUCCUCUGGUGGUCAGCUCAGGGAUUCCCCUACCCAUGCAGUCCCCAGCUGCCACUGCUGAGGGCCUAAGUGGCCCCCUCUUUGGGGCUUACACGUUCCCCACCUUCAAGUUCAAGCCUCGCCGUGAUAGCAUGGACUGGAGGCGCAUUAGCACCCUGGAUGUAGACCGCGUGGCCCGGGAGCUGGAUGUGGCCACUUUGCAGGAGAACAUUGCUGGCAUCACCUUCUGCAACUUGGAGCGGGAGGUAUGCAGCCGCUGUGGGCAGCCUGUGGACCCAGCACUGCUCAAGGUGCUGCGCCUGGCGCAACUCAUCAUCGAGUACCUGCUGCACUGCCAGGACUGCUUGAGUGCCAGCAUUGCCCAGCUGGAGGCACGGCUGCAGACCAGCCUGGGCCAGCAGCAGCGCAGUCAGCAGGAACUGGGCCGCCAGGCUGACGAGCUCAAGGGUGUGCGGGAGGAGAGCCGCCGGCGUCGCAAGAUGAUCAGCACCCUGCAGCAGCUGCUAAUGCAGACAGGCACCCACAGCUACCACACGUGCCACCUGUGUGACAAGACAUUCAUGAAUGCCAACUUUCUCCGGGGCCACAUCCAGCGUAGGCAUGCAGGACUGGACUCAGAAGGAAAACAGAAGAAGCAGGAGCAGCCAGUGGAAGAGGUGUUAGAAGAGCUACGGGCCAAGCUAAAGUGGACUCAAGGGGAGCUGGAAGCCCAGAGGGAGGCCGAGAGGCAGCGGCAGCUCCAGGAAGCAGAGAUCAUUCAUCAGAGAGAAAUAGAAGCUAAGAAAGAAUUUGAUGAAUGGAAACAACAAGAGUGGACCAAACUUUAUGGGGAAAUAGACAAACUAAAAAAAAUAUUUUGGGAUGAAUUUAAAAAUGUCGCCAACCAGAACUCUUCACUAGAAGAGAAACUGCGGAUGCUGCAGUCCCACAGUGUGAUGGAAUCCAACCUGGGAUCACUGCAAAAUGAGGAGUCUGAGGAGUGGCUCCGUCAGGCACAGGAGCUCCAGGCCCUGAGAGAGAAGACAGAAAUUCAGAAAACAGAGUGGAAGAGAAAAAUGAAGGAACUGCAUGAAGAGCAUGUGGCUGAGAAGAGAGAGCUACAGGAGGAGAACCAGAGGCUCCAGGCCUCCCUGUCCCAGGAUAAGAAGAAGGCAGCUGCCCAGUCCCAGCACCAGAUCAGCGCCCUCCAUGCCCAGCUGCAGGAACAAGCUAGGAUCAUUGCCUCCCAGGAAGAGAUGAUCCAGACCUUGUCCCUCAGGAAGGUGGAGGGGAUCCACGAGGUGCCAAAGGCUGUGGACACAGAGGAGGACUCUCCGGAAGAAGAGCUGGAGGACUCCCAGGAUGAGCAGCAAAAGGUGCUGGCAGCUCUGAGGUGUAACCCCAUCUUGCUGAAGCAAUUCAGACCAAUCCUGGAGGACACCCUGGAAGAGAAGCUGGAGAGCAUGGGGAUAAGGAAGGAUGCAAAGGGAAUCCCGGUUCAGACUUUCAGACACCUGGAAUCCCUGCUGAGAGUCCAGCGGGAGCAGAAGGCCCGGAAGUUUUCUGAAUUUCUGAGCCUGAGGGGAAAGCUCGUCAAGGAAGUCACCAGCAGAGCGAAGGAGAGACAGGAGAAUGGCGCUGUGGUGUCCCAGCCAGAUGGGCAGCCUUCAGUCAAAAGCCAGCAGAGCACACUGGUCACCAGAGAGGCCCAGCCAAAGACCAGGACCCUGCAGGUGGCCUUGCCAUCCAAGCUGGCAGAGCCACCUCCACCAACUCAUCAGAGCCGUGGCAGCCAUGGCUCCACCCUGACCCAGGUGUCUGCCCCCACUCCAUGCCCCAGAGUGCGUGGACCCUCCAGCACCCCUCCUUCCUCGGGGCCUGGGAUGAGCACCUCCCCAUUCAGUUCUGAAGAGGACUCAGAGGGAGACCGUGUACAGCGUGUAUCUCUACAGCCCCCGAAAGUUCCUUCCAGAAUGGUGCCCCAGCCCAAGGUUGACUGGGACUGGUCUGACACAGAGACCUCGGAGGCGAGCGCCCAGCCCCCUGGCCAGGGCUCAGGAACACUGGUGCAGUCAAUGGUUAAAAACCUGGAGAAGCAGCUAGAAACUCCGGCAAAGAAGCCUGCUGGAGGGGUCAGUCUGUUUUUUACACCCAAUGCUGGGCCACAGAGGGCUUCCAUACCAGCAAGGAAGCCUCAGCUUUCUGAAGAUGAGAGUGACCUGGAUAUCUCUUCCUUGGAAGAUCUUCCUUUGGGCCUGGACCAGAGAGAGAAACCCAAGCCCUUUUCUCGUUCGAAGCGCCCAGAGAAGUUUGGCACUGGUCCACAGAGCUUUGGCCAACCUAGGGUCCCUGCCUGGUGAUUCACCCCAGAAGCUGACCAGCCAGAGGGUUAGCUUGGCUGGGGCCAGCUCAGGUCCUCUCCAGCAGAAGAGGCUUCUGGGCCUCUCGUCUUCACAAACAGCCAAGAGAUGGUCCCCUUGGAGAGAAGCAGUGCAGGGAAUAGAUAGAGUCUUAUCCUUCCUGCCCUGUGAGAGGCCUUGCUGUAGAGGGCCACAGGUACCUGACUAGGAUCCCCUGGGUCCCGAGGCUUGAGAAAGGUUUUAACAGGACCUCCAGGUAGUCUACCUCCAUGUCUCCCCCAGACUGAUAAGAGUCAACUGGCUCUCUUUUCCCAAGCCUUUUAUAAAGCUGCAGGAGGCCAGGUGUGGCUCAUACCUGUAAUCUCAGCACUUUGGG